GCGCAGCUUCUCAGUUGGAUAGGGUGGUCAAAGGCAUCUGCAGCCUAUCGAAUCUGUACCUUGCUCGGGCUAAUGUCGAGCCGUAAGCACUACACCCAGAAAUAUCUAUUCAGAGGGGGUAUGGAUCAGGCAGCACCAUUUCCACUACCACGUCCUCCAGCAGUAUUCCUAUUCCUACCUUGACGACUAUCUAUUACCAUCUUCAUCGCUUUUGGGGCCAGCCUUGGCAGUGCCUUUGGUCUAGUCUUUCCUCGGCGUCUGAGAAUAUGUGAUGAGCUUCAUGCAAGGACCUUCACAGCAGCGGGGCCUGGAGGCGGUGCUUCGGGCCUCUGCCGCCACCAUACCCUCAAGCCUAGCACCCUAUGGGAACUUGGAUAACCUAGCAGUCUCUCAAAUUCCCGGUGUGGUUAAUGAUAGUAACGAAGGGAGGUUGAUCUCUCAAUGGUACAUCAGCAACCCCCAUCAAAGGUCUUGUCCUCUUCUUCGGGUAGUAGACAGUCUACGGAUCUUCCGGCUGACCGUCAAACUGCCAGAUGGUCCGAUCCGGCGAAGAAUGCGUACGAUAGUGCCAUCGCAAUCCUGAGAAAAGAGCUUACAGAUGAGGAGUACCAACAGCUGCGGCUCCAAAGCCAGCACUCAAUGAAUGACGUGCAGUCUGCGGUCGAAACAGCGCGACAGGAGUAUCAGACAAAGUCAAAAGGAUCCAAGAUUCAGUCUGCUUUAAGAACCUGCUCAUCCAGGAUAAUGUUCUACGGAGCAAUUUUUGAUACUUUCUCUCAACAUCAUCCUGAAUAUGUAUCUUUAGGCUGGGGCGCCUUGAAGUUCCUCUUCGUUUCUGUUCUCAACCAUGAAGAACUGCUUGUUGAAAUAUCAAAGGCAGUAUCUAGAAUCGCACUCGUGCUUCCUAGAGCCGAGCUACACUCUGUGCUUUACCCCACGCCACGCAUACAGGACGCUGUCUCACAGCUAUACGCAAAGAUAAUAGAGUUUGCCAUAAUGGCAAUCAAAUGGUACAAGAAAGGCAAACUUUCUCACUCGUUCACGGCUAUUAUCAAGCCAUUCAGCCUGGGGUUUAAACCCAUUGUCGAAGAGAUUGCCGAACAGUCGAAGCAUGUAGAUGAGCUGGCCAGCGCAGCGGUUAAAGCUGAGAUCAGGGAUUUGCAUGUCAAUAUCCGCAUGCAAAACAAGACUAUACUCCAACUGACAGAGAUGGUUUCUUUCAUGCAGCAACAGCAAUCUCUCCAGACACAGUCUCUCCUUGCGUUGAAAGAAGAGCAUAUACAAAUGUUCAGGGUCAGCCAACUUGAGGAUAUAAGGACAGUCGCGCUACUGGAGGAUACGGCAGUAGCAGACGAUAGCCUAGCCUGGUGCCGGUCGAUGCGAAAUCGACGAAGGCAGAAAGCACCCACACAACUCCCUCUACCAGAGUUGUAUAAACUAAGAGCCUGGGCGUCUGACCCUUCAUCUUCUCUCCUACUUGCGGAAGGACAGGGAGUGAAGACUAGCUCGCUUGAUUUUGCAGCUGAUUUCCUUGACAUAGUUCUUGAGCAUGGGUACCCUGUUAUCUGGGCGUUGUCUUCCAUUGUCACUGAGGUCGAUGAUAAUAGCCUAGUACCCUCGAUCACGGGCAUCAUAAGGUCACUCAUAUCACAGGCUCUGGUAUUGAACGAUGCUGUGGUAGUCGAAGGCACUAACCCUCUCACGCCCAAACACUUCAAGUCUGCCGUCACCAUAUUGCAGUGGUUUGAUAUACUUCAGCGCUGCGUUUCAACGUUGAAGCGGCUUUUCAUUGUUUUGGACAUGAACGCCAUUGAAGCUGCUUUGGAACAAACAGAAGCUGAGGAUCAACUUUUCAGGAUUAGUGACUUCAUGGAACGGAUCACACGGGUUUGUCAAUCAGGAGGUGGAACUGUCAAAGUCAUCAUUGUCUCGUGGAAGUUUGGUGCGGAUACAUUCAUAGAUGCCGAAACCUUUUCUGACGACAGGCAUCUGUUCACUGAUAGGGGGCGAAAAACUGAGAGGCUGAUGAAACAACCCAGGUUUAGAGCCGCGUUCAAAAGAAAACACCAAAUCUUUAGGGAUAAGUUCAGAUCUUCAAUUGCUGUAGGGGAGGAAAAUUAAGAACUAUGAUCUGCAAUAGCUAUUCGACCCGAUUUUGCAUGGGACUGCAUUGUGUCUAGCAAGAUUAGCA